GACACCGGCAAGAGUGUCCUGAAGCUGCAGGAGGUUGAAUACGCCGGGGAUCCGUACGCCGCGUCUCAAGACCUGCAAUUCUCCGGAGCGCUGCAGCUGGAGACAUGGCUGCGCCCGCUGAGAAGCUCGGGCAAUUCGACGCCAUACACCGAUACGCCGGAAGACCGCGUUUAGUCAGGACUGCUCUGCUCUUGUCCUCCGCGCUCCUGCUCUCCACCCUUCUACCCUUGCCAUGGAGUCCUGCUCGAGUCCUCGAUCUCUCUCGUGAGUCCGUCACAUCCUCUGCCGACCCGAGCGAACAGUGGAAGGACGACAUUUGGCCUCUUCGCGAGCAAACGCCCUGGGACAUCUCCACAGACUUCCAUUUCCCCCGCCGCCUCGAAUACGAUGUGACAGAGGGAACAUGGCUCCGGCUGGACGUCCACCCCAAGACUGGCGAUAUUGUCUUCGAUAUGCUCGGCGAUAUAUACUGUCUGCCAGCAAGUGCAUAUACUGGAGCUCAGAUAGGAGACUAUGAAACGCUGUCGAGGGCAAUCCCGGUUCUUCUUGGCGUGCCCCACGAUUCCGACCCUCACUUCUCUCCUGACGGCAAUACCAUCGUGUUCCGUAGCGACGCUGAACUCGGCGUUGAGAACAUUUGGAUCAAAGAGUGGACGGGAUGCCAGGACUCCGACCUCCGGCCCGUCCAUGCUACGAGCGCGGAGCUCUCGCACGCACUGCAGCUCCAAACGGAAGAAGAAGACCUCUUGGCGAACGGGGUCAAGGAAACUAUUGCGCGCAAGCAGCGCAGGCUGCUUCGCGAGGGGAGACUGAAUGCUCAACGUGUCACCAAUGAGACGUACAGAUGGGUCUCUGACGCUCGUUUCCACCCCUCCGGCAGCAAAAUCGUGGCGACAAAGUGGUACACGUCUUCGCGCAGUCUUGGUGCCGGUGAGGGAUGGGAGUACCCAAUCCCGGAGGGCAACGCCAAGAGUGAGGCUAUCAAGGCUGGCAGCGGCGCGCGACUGGUCGGCCGUACACUGCCUCCUGGUUGGGGUCCUGAGCGAUAUGGGGACCAGCAAGUCGGCCCCGAACAGUUCGUCUGGAAGGGCAAUGACACGCUUAUCUACUCGAAGAACGUCGUCGACAACGGAGCCUGGACAUACAGCAAAGAUGUUCAUGCGGGUUUCAACGCUAUCUUUUCUGUGAACUUAACCUCCAAGCGGACGAGCACACUCGUGGAUUCGUUCCCCGGUGGUGCGACGCGGCCCGAACUCUCGCGAGAUGGCCGUACAUUAGCAUUCGUACGCCGUGUGCGAAACAAGGAAGCAUUGGUGCUGAAGGAUCUCGAGACUGGCACAAUCCGCAACAUUUGGUACGGCCUCACGUACGACCUCGCGGUCGUCUCUGCGCCCAUGGGGACAUAUCCGUCCUUUGCGUUCACACCCGCAGACGACGCUAUCAUUAUCUGGGCGGCUGGGCAGAUCUACCACGUCCCUCUGGCUACGAACGCGGUUGGCGAGCGCGUUUCCGGCGGCAAGCCCCAAGCCAUUCCCUUCAUCGCGCAUAUCGAGAAACGCCUCGCGGAAACUCGUUCGUCCAAGAUCAAUAUCAAGGCGACCGAGUCAGCCGAUACUCAACGGGUAUAUGCAUUCCACGAGCUGCGCGUUGAUGAGUCUGGCGACCAGGUUGUCUUCCAAGCCGCGGGAGCCACAUACGUGCAGAAGGUCGGAGAAGAUGCGGAGGUGCAACGCGUUCCUACGCUCCAUCCUGAUGCGUCAUACUACUCCCCAUCCUUUGUCCCAGGUGCAUCCGAUCUCGUCCUUCACGCACGCUGGUCUGAUGUCAACUUCACCACGCUCGAGUUGGCGAACAUCACGUCCGGAGUCGCAUAUGAGCUUAGCGGGCUGCCCUUUGGCCGCUACUACUCCCCCAUCGUGUGCGCAUGCGCGGGGCUCAACCGCCAGAUCGCGUUCGUACGGACGGGCGGCGACUAUCUCACCGGCGACGUCGUCGCUACCGCCGGCGCUGGUCUCUACAUCGGCGAGCUCACGCUGCCGUCCAGAUCGGACCUCCAGAGCUCGCCCGUUACGAUCAAGAACAUCCGCUACGUAGCCACCGAGAUUGACACGGACGACCUGCUGCACACGCAGCUCCGCUUCAUCGAGAAGAACAAGAAGCUGCUCGUGCAGGAGUCCCGGCGCGCCUUCGUCAUCGACCUCGCAGCGGGGCCGAACGAGCUGGGCGACUACCCGCACGAAACUCUGGCGACCGGACGCUCGUCGGACGAGCUCGUGAUUCCACCUCCGAGCGCGGGGUCGUCCAAGGGCAAGACGCAGGCGGCGGUAAUAGACUUCUAUCACGUCUACUACGCCCCGGCUGUGGCGGCGGACGACGCUAUUUGGAGCAAGCCUGCGAAUGCGACGAAGGGCCUGCUGAAGCUGAGUGUUGACGGUGGUCAUUCGAUUACCUGGAGCGGCGACGGUUCGAAGCUCUUCUGGUUCUUGGGACCCUGGCUCCAUCACGUCGACAUCUCCAAGCUCGACGCGUGCUCGAAGGCAGCGAAGCGGGACACUAACACCUUCGGGAUUGAAUGCACGAAGACACUCCCUAAGUUCCAGGAAGUCGUCGUCGAGUACGCGAGCGACGUCCACCGUCUCAAGAAGGAAGCCGCCGCGUUCGCAGCUGAGAAGUACGGCGAGGAGGCCGCCCCCAACGCAAACUUCUUCGUCAUCGCGAACGCGACGCUGGUGACAAUGGAGACGGGCGACCUCAAAUCGGACGUCCUGCGCGACGCGGUGCUCGUGACGCGGAACGGUGAGAUCGAGGCGAUCGUGGGCGUUCACGAUGCCGUCAUCCCGUACGGGGCGACGGUGCUCGACGCACAGGGUGGAUACAUCGUACCCGGUUUCAUUGACGUGCACGCGCACUGGAACGGCUUCGAGACCAUGUACCCUGCGCGGUCGUGGGAGAUGGAGACUUUCCUCGCGUACGGCGUUACGACUCUGCAUAACCCCAGCGCGGACACUGUGCUCGCCUUUUCGGAACGUUUCCGCACGGAGCGCGGCCAACUCGUCGGGCCUCGCAUUUUCCAGACUGGCACUAUCAUCUACGGCGCCGGGUCGUCGACCUACCACCAGGACAUUGUCGACAUGGACGAGGCGAAGUCGGCGCUGUUGAGAAUUAAGGUCGAGGGCGGACCGUCCAGCUUCUCGUACAAGAACUAUAACUUGCCUUCGCGGGCUUCUCGCCAGAGGCUGCUCCUCGCAGCUCGCAACUUGUCAAUGUUAUGUGUUCCCGAAGGUGGCAUGAACUACGACUGGGACCAAACAUACAUCGUGGACGGCAUGACUACUAUCGAGCACCCGUUGCCUAUUCCGGUGCUCUACGACGACAUCCUCAACUUGUACGCGUUGAGCGGCACCGGGUCCACGCCUACCCAUAUCGUGAACUACGGCGGUGUGAUGGGCGAGCAGUACAUCUGGGCAAAUGAAGACAUUCCAGGCACUGAGAGGCUCCGUCGGUUUGCCCGGCACGACAUCCUUGAAAGUGUGAGCGAGACUACUUCCCGGCCGUUGGAUUCGUUCCAAGUGUUCAACACCUCAAUAUCAACGGCCAAGAUGGUCCGCAAGGGUCUCAAAGCGCACAUCGGCGCCCAUGGAGAGACGCCGCUCGGCGUCAACUACCAUGCGGAAAUGUUCUUCACGAAGGCUGGUGGCCUGACAAACUACGAGGUCCUCCGCGCUGCCACGUCCGACGCGGCAGCUACGCUAGGUAUCGACGGCGCGAUCGGGUCGCUGACCCCCGGAAAGCUCGCGGACUUCGUCGUAUACCCCCCAGGCGUCGAUCUGCUCGAGGGCGACAUCAGCGGCACGAGGGACAUCCGGUUCGUCGCGCGCGGCGGGCGUAUCUGGGACGCGUCGACGAUGACGGAGAUAUGGCCCGUGCCUGGGCGGCGCGAGCCGUUGCCUCCAGUGAAUGCUGACUGAGGAACGGCUCCACUGCUCUAAAGGAGUACUGGUCGACGCAACUGAUGCUGAUUUGAAGCCUGCUAUGUAAGGCAGCAUGCUCAUACCUUGUAUUAUCAACCGGAUGCUAUCUUGUUUU